GAGACCCUAAGGUGGACGUUACGACAGUGGUGGAGAGCCGGUCAGGGCGAGAGAAGGGACCGGAGGCGACAGCGGCGGCGAUGCGGUGGGGAGCCGUGCUGCAGCUGCUGGUGCUGCAGGCGGCGUGGGCGCUGGCGGGCGGGCAGGUGCGCUACUCGGUGCCGGAGGAAGCCAAGGCCGGCACGGUGGUGGGCCGUCUGGCGCAGGACCUGGGCCUGGAGGCGGGCGAGGCGGAGGCGCGGCGGCUGCGGCUGGUGGCGCAGGGCCGGCGGGCGAGCGUGGAGGUGAGCGGGGCGAGCGGCGCGCUGCUGGUGAGCUCGCGGCUGGACCGCGAGGAGCUGUGCGGCAAGAGCGCGCCGUGCGCGCUGCGCCUGGAGGUGCUGCUGGAGCGGCCGCUGCGCGUCUUCCAUGUGCAGCUCGAGGUCACCGACAUCAACGACAAUGCCCCCGUCUUCCCCGCCGCCCGAAAAAACCUCAGCAUCGCGGAAUUGUCAGUGCCAGGAUCUCGUUUCCCGCUGGAGGGCGCGUCGGAUGCGGAUAUCGGAGCGAACGCGCAGCUCUCCUACACACUCAGCCCAAGUGAACACUUUUCUGUAGAUUUACAAAAAUCAAAUGAUGGAAAUCUUGUACCCGAUCUGGUUUUAACGAAAUCUCUGGACCGCGAGACGAUUCCCGUGCAUCGGUUGGUGCUGACGGCGAGUGACGGGGGCCGGCCGUCUCUGACAGGCACCAUGGAGCUGGUGAUCUCUGUGCUGGAUGCAAACGACAACGCGCCCCAGUUCAACCAGUCGGUGUAUAAAGUGCAGCUGCUGGAGAGCGCUGCCGUGGGGACGCUUGUAGCGCGGGUGAAUGCUACUGAUGCGGACGAAGGAAGUAACAGCGAAAUGACCUUUUCCGCGAUCAGCUUCAUUCCCCCGAGCGGACGAGAUUUUUAUGAAAUAGAAGUGGAAAUCAUGGACAUAAACGACAACGACCCCAGCUUCCAAGAGACAGAAAAAGAAUUGAGGGUGAGCGAGACGACAGCUCCGGGUUGGCGAUUUCCCCUCCGAGAAGCACAAGACGCAGAUUUAGGACCGAAUUCCCUGCAGAGCUACGAGCUGAGCGGUGACGAGCACUUCUCGCUGGCCGUGCAGGCGGGCCCCGGCGGCGAUCAGCGUCCCGAGCUGGUGCUGGCGAAGGCGCUGGACCGGGAGGAGGCGGCGUUUCACGAGCUGGUGCUGAGGGCGAUGGACGGCGGCGAUCCGGCACGGACGGGCACGGCUCGGAUCCGAGUGACGGUGCUGGACGCGAACGACAACGCGCCCGUGUUUAGCCAGGCGGAGUACACGGUGCGUGUGCCCGAGGACUUGCCCGUGGGCUCCGUCGUCGUCAGUGUUACAGCCAAAGACGCGGAUGAGGGUCAAAACGGGCAGGUGAAGUACAGCUUCCAUAAAAUUUCAGACAGGGAGUCAGAACUUUUCCGCCUGGACGCUGAGUCAGGAAAAAUAACCGUUGAGGAUGGUUUGGACUUCGAGGAAAUGUCCUCCCACGAACUGGAGGUGCAGGCACAUGACGGAGGAGAGCUUUUUGAUACGACGAAAGUUUCUAUCAUGGUGACCGACGUCAAUGACAAUGCGCCCGGGAUUUCGGUACGAUCAGCUCUGAGCGAGAUUUCUGAGGACGCCCCAACGGGGACAGUGGUGGCCCUACUGCACGUGCAGGACCGCGACUCGGGGGUGCGCUGCUCGCUCGACGGGACCCUCCCCUUCAGACUGCAGAGCUCCCAUGGCAGCUACUACCGCGUGGUGACAGCGAGAGAGCUGGACCGAGAGCAGGUGUCGGAGUACAACGUGACGGUGCGGGCGGCCGACGGCGGGUCGCCGGCGCUGCAGAGCAGCGCGGUGCUGGCGCUGCGGGUGCUGGACGUGAACGACAACGCGCCGGUGUUCGCGGAGGAGCGCUACAGCGCGCGGCUGGCGGAGAACAACGCGGCGGGCGCGCUGGUGCUGACGGUGCGCGCGACGGACGCGGACUGGGGGCAGAACGCGCGCGUGCGGUACCGGCUGUCGGAGGGGCGGGUGCGGGGCGCGCCGCUGUCGUCGUACGUGUCGGUGCAGGCGGAGACGGGCGCGCUGUACGCGCUGCGCUCCUUGGACUACGAGCAGGUGCGCGAGCUGCGGCUGUGGGUGCGUGCGGAGGACGGCGGCGCGCCGGCGCUGAGCAGCAACGUGUCGGUGCUGCUGCUGGUGGUGGACGAGAACGACAACGCGCCGCAGGUGCUGUACCCGCCGCCGGCCGCGCUGCGGGCGGGCUCGGGCUCGGGCUCGGGCUCGGGCGUUGCGUGGUCGGGCGUGGAGCUGGCGCCGCGCUGGUCGGAGGCGGGCGCGCUGGUGGCCAAGGUGGUGGCGGUGGACGCGGACGCGGGUCAGAACGCGUGGCUGUCGUACGAGCUGGCCAAGGCCACGGAGCCGGGGCUGUUCCGCGUGGGGCUGCACAGCGGCGAGGUGCGCACGGCGCGCUCGCCGCUGGCCCGCGACGCGGCGCGCCACAGCCUGGUGGUGGUGGUGAAGGACCACGGGCGGCCGGCGCUGUCGGCCACGGCCACGCUGCAAGUGGUGCUGGCCGAGAGCGUGGCCGAGCUGCUGGCCGAGCUGGGCAGCGCGGCCGACGAGGCGGCGGCGCCGGGCGAGCCGGCCGUGAGCCUGACGCGCUGGCUCGUGCUGGCCGUGGCCGCCGUGUCGUGCCUCUUCGUCGCCUUCCUGCUGCUGCUGCUGGCGCUGCGCCUGCGCCGCUGGCGCCGCCAGCAGCUGCUGCCGCCCGACAGCGGCGCCUUGCGCGGCGUGCCCGUCUCGCACUUCGUGGGCAUCGACGGCGUGCGCGCCUUCCUGCAGUCCUACUCGCACGACGUGUCGCUCACGGCCGACUCGCGCAAGAGCCAGCUGCGCUUCUCGGCCGGCGGCAGCUGCUGCGACACCCUCCCGGCCCGGCCACUGCCCGACGAGCCCGCGCCGCUGCUCGGCGACGAGGAUCCUGCCGGCGCCCUCCUCUCGGAUCCAAUCGCUCCCUCGUGUAAUAGUGCAGAAGCAUCUCUGCUGCAGUCCUCCAAGUGCAGAGCGGCCACCCAGCCCAGCCAAGGUUUCCAUGAACAGAGCAGGGGCCAGUGGGAGAACGUGUGCAGUGUCCCCCACGUCAUCACCCAGAAGAACAUCCUGGGCAAUCAUCUGGAGGCUGUGAAGGGGCAGAGGAACAGGCUGGAGAGUCACCUCCGAAGAGUUACAGACAGUGGCUCAAUGUGCAGGUGGAAAUCAGGAACUUGUGUUGUCCCUCAAGGGUCCUUCCUGGGACCAGUCCUUUCCAGUAGUGACCAGUUUAGUAUCUUCCUGGACAAUGGGGUUGAGUGCACCUUCGGACAAUUUGCAGCUGACACUAACUUGAGUUGA